AUGGCACUAUUCGCACCGGUUUAUGCUGCUUCUGUUGGCUCCAUGGAAUCUCGGAAGAGGAAAGGCAAUAGUGAGCUCACUUGUCGCGGUGUUCCUUUACCAUAUUUGAUCCGACCUCGUAGGAAACUGCCCGUUUACGACGGCGUCGCGCUCUACAAUGAUUACAUUGAAUAUGCAUCUUUCGAAGAUCUCGAGAGCGAUGAUGAUGAUGACUCAUCAAUGAAGGCUGUUGAAACCUCCUCGUUGGAGAAAGGCAAUAUCUUUGGCCUUACGAGUGAGAGCAAUGCGAGUUUAUCUGAAACUGGUCAUUCGCCGAAUGAUGAGUCAGAUGAAGAAUAUGUGAUUGUGAACAAUGUUGAAGCUUUGCCUACAGCUACAGCUAAACCAGAGAGAGCAGGAGCUAUUCAAAUGAUGGAACUCUCAAAAGAUGCAGUUGAUGAGCCUGAAUCCGAAGAUGAAGGAUCCAGCAGUGAUGGUUGGGUGGUUCUGUAA